GGGUGCUGGUUCUGGGGGUGCCGGUUCUAGGGGUGCUGAGAAUGGGGGUGCUGUGAGUCCUAGUUGUGGUGGAGUCGUGGGUGCUCCUGCUGGAGGUGCUAGAGCUAAAGGUGCUGGAGGUACUGGAGCUACUGGUGCCGAAGAUGCUGGUGCUGGAGGUACUGGAGGUACUGGAGCUGCUGGUGCUGGAGGUACUGGAGCUGCUGGUGGUGGAGGUCCUGGUGCUGGAGGUACUAGAGCUACUUGUGCUGGAGGUACUGGAGCUGCUGGUGCUGGAGGUGCUAGAGCUGGAGGUAUUGGAGGUACUGGAGCUACUGGUGCUGGAGGUGCUAGAGCUGGAAGUACUAGAUGUAAUGGAGCUGCUGGUGCUGGAGGUGCUAGAGCUGGAGGUACUGGAGCUACUGGUGCUGGAGAUGCUAGAGCUAGAGGUACUGCAUGUACUGGAGCUGCUGGUGCUGGAGGUGUUAGAGCUGGAGGUGCUGGAGGUACUGGAGCUGCUGCUGCUGGAGGUGCUAGUGCUGGAGGUGCUAGAGCUGGAGGUGCUGGAGGUACUGGAGCUGCUAGUGCUGGAGGUGCUGGUGCUGGAGGUACUAGAUGUACUAGAGAUGCUGAAACUGGAGGUGAUAGAGCUGGUGGUGCUGGAGGUACUGGAACUGCAGGUGCUGGAGCUGGAGGUACUUGA